AUCUAUGGAUAUGAUCUAUGAUUAUGAUUAUUGAGGUUACAUGCAUGAAACAAAGCUAUGAAAUAAAAAAAGUAAACAAAUAUGUUCAGUGCCUUAAAACUGUUGAAACCAUUUGGAGAAUUAUUUGAAUCACGGUUAAAUUGUAAUAGAAAAUAUCGUAUUCAUUUAUCGAAGAGUCGAAGGCAUAGAUCUAAUCCGGAAAUUCAGUCCGAAGAUGAUUUCGAAGAAGAGGGAGAAGCAGAUUUUAUGAACUUAAAUUUAUCUUAUGACAAACACGUUGAUGAAUUGAAAACAUUAAAGGAAAGAGAGAAACGUUUAAUUGUGAGGCAAAAAUAUUUUAAACAAACGUUGCCUAAUUUUCUAACUUGGAGCGAGAAAGAACAAAUAAGGUACCUUCAUCAUUCUGAUCCAGAAUUGUGGACAUUUGAAAAGCUUUCUGAUGGGUUUCCUGCUUUACCAAGAGUAAUAAGUAAAGUUAUUAAAUCAUCUUGGACUAAAUUGAAUGAUAAUAAAAUUAAAGCUCAUGAUAUUUCUGUUCAAGAAAAUUGGGAUUUAUUCAAACAAGGAAAAUUAUCACGUUUACCAAAUGAAUUAGUUGAUCAUUUAAAACAAUUCCAACAAAGAAAAAUCAACAUAGGAGAAAAGUUUGCAGCAAGAAAUGAGAGAAGCCAGAAAGAGGAAACACCAGCCGGAGAAUUUUCUGAGAUCAUUAAAAGCUAUGAUCGUUUGAAAAAUAAAAAGACAGAUGAGACUGUAACGAGUAAUGACAUCAAUAUUUUCGAUUAUAAAAAAGUACAAAAAGAAACAUAUUUGAUAACUCCUCCUGAUCAUUUUGAAAAUAAAAGGCAUGUUCAACUGAAAUUUUUAGAAUCAGAAAAUAAAAUUAGAACUAUCCCCAACGAUUUACUUGAAAAAAAUGAAGUAGAAUAUAGGAAAUGUUCUGAAACUAAAGUAGUUUCUAUGGGUAGACAAAAAAAGGACUAUAGUUUCUUACUUUAUCCUCAAAAAAUACGAAUUCCUGCUAAAGUAAGGAAAUCAGGCUGCAUUUAUAAAUUACAAGACAGUUUUUAUGAUGAUGAUGGAGAGUUUUUGUAUAGGGUUCCUGGAAUGCUGUAAUAAAAUAAUUGAAGUUGUA